AUGAAAAGUCUUCACCAUGAUAAUAGCCUUCUUAUAGACAAAGAAUUUGAAUUACCAGAACCUUUUCAAGUAAGGAAAUUCGAAUUUUCCCUGGAUCCAAUUCCAGAAGAAUAUCGUUUUCCAAAUUUCGAUGAUUAUGUUCAUCCAAUCUUAGGUCAACCUUAUCCAAAUAGAAAGUUUAUUAGAGAUACUAUUGUACCAGAGUUUGUUCGAUCAUACAAUGAGAUAACGCCUCAAAUUUACCAAUAUACCGAUUUAAUUCAGCAAGUACAAGAAAUUAUAAAAGAAGGUUCCUCUCCAAAAUUCCUAAAGAACUUCGUUAUUAAACCACACUACUUAAAUAUUGAACCUUAUCGAAAAUUCAAAGUUUUAUUACCGAAAUUUGUUCAAAUUCGCACUUCGUUAAAUGCAAUACGUUUAUCUAUGUUAACAGAGCGUCUUGAAUUACUAUAUUCACUACAAAAACUUCUAAAAUAUCUUGCAGAACAUCCCAGGCUUGUUAGAGUCAAAAUAUUCAACGCUACACAAAACUGGCGUGCGUUUGAGUUUGAUUUCAUGCCAGACGUCUUCAGCCAAUACAUUGCUUUUCGAAAUCAGAUUGAUGAUCUCGCUGCUCUUCUUGAUUUCAUUCCACGUCCGUUUUCAUCUGAAUCUGCAAACAAAUCUCUCUUUGUCAGUCUCAUACGUGCCCAUAUUAGCAUGAAAGAUCCACUUACAGGCUACAUUCCUUACAUUGAAAAAUUUGAAACAAUUGCUCAAUUUUUUGAGUCUCCGGAAUGUCCAUUUAACCUGAAAUACAUCAAGACAAUGAACCAGCACCAGCUUAACAACACAAUGCAGCGCAUGCACGCAGCUCUUGUAGAGUGGGCAGACAUAAAACCAGGAAAAAGAUCUCAAAAUGAAGUCGUAAAAAGUGUCAUCGCGAGAAUGCUUUUUGACAAGUUCAGAUUGGACCUUAGACCACUUGGAUUAGCUAGUGAAGCAUUGCAGAAGCAUAUAUCAAGUCUUUCUAGCCUUCCCCUUGAGAAGUUGGAUGUUACUAAACAACAUUGUACUGAAGAACAAUUAAAACUAACUCCAAAUGAGUUUUUCAAUCAAACUCAGGAAAUUCAUCAAAUUGUUGAUUAUGUAACACUUUGUUUAUUCUGUACUAAUCCUGUUGACGCUGCUUUUAACAUAUACAAGGCGAACAUGGCAAUAGCUUCUCACUUGGCUUCGAUAAAUAAUGAUUUAGUUGAGAAAAGUCAAAAGUUUGAUGAUAUGUUCAAAAUUUGGAGAAUUGCAAUAAUUGCAGCACAAAUACCUGAACCAGAUCAAUUAUUUGAGUGGCUGUCAAUGUAUUUGAACUUGGAGGUAAUGCCUCCAAAGUUAGCUGCAGCUUGCAAGAUCCCGCAAAUGGUAAUAACUACAAUGUUGACGGAAUCUCUUGCAAUGAAAAAUUAG